AUGGAGCAACUCGUACAGCAGCAAAAAUCUUGGAAGCAGGUUAAUGAGCUAGAUGAAUUUCGAUUAAGCUCAUACGAAAAUGCCUGUUUGUACAAAGAGAAAGUGAAAAAAUGGCAUGAUAAGUUAAUCAGGUACAAAGAAUUCAAAUUAGGGGACAAAGUUCUUUUGUAUAAUAGCCGCCUAAAGAUUUUCCCAGGUAAGUUCAGAUCAAGGUGGACAGGACCAUAUGUAAUAACUGGUGUGACAAAAUUUGGAGCUUUUGAAAUUCAACAUGUCAAUGGUGGAGACAAAUUCAAAGUUAAUGGACACAGGUUGAAGUUAUACAUUGGUGGACAGUACGAGAGACAUCCAUCCAUUACAGUGAUACAAUGA